AAACAGAAGCAGAUAACAGAUCCCAAAGGAAUCUCAGUUGAUUUUAGGAUUUAGGGUGGAUACAAAUUGUUGAAUGAGAGGUUCACUGACUUAUUCCAGUAUCAGUACAUUUCAGUGAAAGUGCUCCAUACAUGGCAUGUAUAUGGCUCAGUGACUGUUUAUAGCCUCUAUAAAGGUCUAAUGUACAGUAUGAUAUGAUUUCUCUGUUCUUUAGACUGGAGAGCUUUUAAACAGAUGCCGUCCUCCAACACGCAGCCUGUGGAGUUCAACUAUGUCUUAUCUCAGGACUGUUUUAAACAACUCUGUCAUCAUUCAUCCUCCAGGCUUUUAUAUCAUCGGAUUUGAGACAUUUCCCUUCAUCAGUGUCUACUUCAUCUUUCUAGCGUUUGUUUAUGUGGUUACAUUGCUGUUCAAUAGUUUGGUGAUCUAUGUAAUUGUCUUUAAUCGUUGUUUACACACUCCAAAGUUUUUGGCUGUUGUCAACCUCGCAGUAAUUGAUGUAAUCCUUAACUCAUGCACUAUUCCCAGCAUGAUAAAGAUAUUUCUCGUUAAGGACAAUUUCAUUCUAUUCAACUUAUGUUUGGUACAAAUGUUUGUCUACUAUGCUUUUGGGACUUUGGAGUCAUAUGCACUCGCUAUACUUGCCUAUGACCGGUUGAUCGCAAUAUGUUUCCCUUUGCGUCAGAACUCAAUCAACACACUGCAGAGCAUGUCAUGUAUUGUCGGCCUGACUUGGUGUUUUUCACUGGGAAUCGUUGCGUUUGCAACAGUUAUAAUGACUCGGCUGUCUUUUUGCAAUUCUGUCAGAGUGUUCAGCUAUUUCUGUGACUAUGCACCUGUGUUUAGACUCGCCUGUAAUGAUUACACAUUGCAGUGGUCUGUGGCCUCUUUGCUUACUUUCUUGCUUCUUUUAGGACCCUUUAUUUUUAUUUUUCUGUCAUAUGUCAGCAUCCUGGUGACUGUGUUCAGGAUGAAAUCUUUAGACAGCCGGGUGAAAGCUCUUGCCACUUGUGUUGAGCAUAUCAUUCUUGUUGGUGUAUUUUACAUUCCUCUUAUUACUAUUUUUACUAUCGGGUUUUAUCUGCGUUUCAUUGACCCAGACCAGCGUGUGCUGAGUCUGUCGCUGGCCUCUUGCCUCCCACCCUGCAUCAAUCCUAUUGUAUAUUCUUUGAAAACCAAAGAGAUCAAAAUCAGAGCCCUGGCACUGGUAAGAACAAAUACAAUUGGCACACAACAAACAUACCAACAAAAAGCUAUCCUUGGAGGGUUAAUAAAACACAACAAUAAUUUAGUACCAAUAUAUUUGUGCGGUCAGUAAAGAGCCUGAACUGUGUGCCAUAAUUAUUCAUGUCUGUCAACAGAAAUGUCCCAAACGGGUCACCAGUUUUAACCAUGAGGUCAUCAGUGUCAAGAAGGCUAUGAAUCAGAAUCAGAAUCAGAAAUACUUUUUUGAUCCCUGUAGGGAAACUCUUUGUUACAGUAGCUUGCCUUUAU